AUGGGUUACGAGCCGAAUCAGUACCCCGGGAUGGAACCUCCGGAUAUGUACGAUGAUACGACAAGCAUUCUUCAAAAUAUCGAUUUUGAUAAUCCAGUAUUGACAGGUACACAAUUCGAUACACCACCAGAUUUCCUUGAACCGCCUGUCAUUUCACCUGCCGGUCCAUAUAAUACUCAUUCUUCUCAGUUCCAGAACUUCGACCCGACUCUUGCAGGGCCAACCCACGCAGUGCCGGAACCAAUUCACUCAGUCUUUCAAGAGUCCAUAGACCCGGGUCUUCUAAGUAAUACCGGUAUUGUUGCGCUUCCUACCGUCCAGCAAGAACCCGAUGUGAGUGCAUUAAGCUCGGAGUCCAGCAACAGCCAACUAGAGAAGGGGAAAAGGGACAUAUUUUCACUCAGAAGGAGCAGAAUACCCUCACCAGUCCUCAUUCAACAUGAGCCCCGCUUAAAGCGCCCCGCCAAGGGGCCCAAUGGAUUAUCGCUAAGAACCGGCCAGAUACCUCGAGUCACAAGGAAGAAAGACCCAAAGCCGGACCCUCGGGAGUGGUACGGUUCUCCACCACCUCCCCCGGAGAGCUGGGGUCCAAGGGAUAAAAAUGGUCGUCCUGUCUUUAAGUACACGGAAUGCGGAGAGCUUGAGAGGGGCAAAACGUAUUCGGAACACGAACUGCGUCGAUAUCUCUACGGGCCCAAAAAAGAUGACGAUUUUCCGCCACCGAGACGAUUACUAGGGGUACCAGAGGUAGAAGACAAGAUCCGCCAGGGUCUUACGUUGUGGAUUGGUUGGGUCGCUCCUCAGUCCAAUGACAGAUAUCCCUACGGGUCUCAAUCUCAGAAGUGCCGAUUUGCCGGCUGUGAAGACGCUCAGAAUACCAUCAGGACGGGAUUUCCGCGUAUUAUCUUUGAUGAGCGGAUGAAUGAUGACGGUGAGGUCAUUGAUCCCUACCACAAUGCCGGGUAUAUGCAUUUAUAUUGUUUCGAGCAGCAUUUCGAUCUCGUCGAUGCCAUGAUUCACCUCGACGUCCGCCCCGACGAGAGGAACUUCAGGCAUGAGGAUAACAUCUUCAAGUUGACAAGGAAUUACUCUGAUAUGCGGGCCGUAGUCGACUCGUGGUGGCACGAUGAAUAUCCAAAGUUCGUCGAAGCCAGAUCAAAGGGGAAGAGGCGAGACCAUCGUAAUUAUAAGAAUUCCCUGAGCUACCGGCUUAUCCUCCAUGUACUUGAUAACAGCACCGAUGCUCGUCUUAAACUACGCGAAGAGAGGGGCGGUGCUAAUAUGACAAAGCACAAAGGAGACAUCUCUAAACAGAAGUUCUUGAGAGAAUGUAGGAGCUUUGGGUUACUGGACGAUAAUGACGACCCAGUCCCCGGUGCCAGUAAACGACUACCAGAGCUUAUCCUUCAAAAACGCCGAGAAAAGAAAUUAGCUAGAUUAGCCGGACGUAAAGGCACUCCAGCACCAGAAGAAUAUCUGCCCUCACCAGCAUCAACAACUUACCAAAGCGCCAUGGAACAUGAACAGGACGCUACUCACGCAUCGCCUUCUAGUAUACACUCGCCCAUUAAUUCCUACUCUCCAAUGCCGCGUUCGUGUUCGCCGUAUGAAUAUUUGUCUCCAGAGCCAGUACCGCCCCCUUACCAUCAACAACCAAUCUCGAGCCCUGUAACCUCGAGUCUCGUAGGUAAUACAGCACGAAAGCGAGGCAGGGAUGAAGUAUUGAUGGAAGAUCAAAAUAUCGGUAUACCCUACGAUCCUGUUCGGGAUGGCCCAAAUAAGAGGCCACGAACAAGCCCUAGCCCAGCACCACCUACAACGCCUCAGUCUGCGUAUACCCAAGUACCAGAUCACACCGGGCAGCAGGACGAGGUCGACAACGGGAUUGGUAGUGUACUGGCGCCAACGGAGGCAAGCCAUUUUCCAACUCCGCCCCCUACUGAGCCUCUUGGUUUGAACCCGGAUUCCGAUUUUAAUAUCCAUAAUACGAGCUCCGCUGACGUGGAUAUUUUUACAGAGGGCGCGGAAGAUAACCACGACAAAGGCGAAAAUGAAGCUGAAAUGGCUGAGAGCGAUUCGGCCGAGGCUUCGGACAAUAUGGAACUUGACGAAUGUGAUGAUCUUUUUGGCGGCCCUGCUGACGAAGCCGGACUCGCCGACUUCUUCACCUCCUGA